GCAACGAUGAAGACCGACGCGCUCUGCUUUAGCGUCCUCGCGGCUCUGGCAUCGCUGGCUUGCUCGACUGUCCCCCCUGCACACUCAAGCGGCGGUCAUGAACUCGCCGCGAAUGCCAACCACAUCUUCAACGCCAUUCACUCGUCUCUGCGUCAAUGGGGGUCCUCCCUGAACCACAACGGCAUGUCCUACUUCCUCGCCACCGUCCCAGAGGGCACCCAGCUCUACCACGGGACAAGCAAGGCGGAGCCGGUUACGGGGAUGGAAUGGCUCGCGUUCGAGCCGGAGCACUCGAUUUUGUUUGCGGGGCGUCGAGGGCCGCCGCGGAGGAGACCCGGAGAAGAGCCCGGGAAACCAGGAGAAGGUCCUCCGCCUCCACCUGGGGGAGGGAGGGGCCCUCACGAAGGCAACCCUUCGCGACUCGCGAACAAUCAGCAGGAACCCCUUCUUGGAUACGACGCUCCAGACGAAGACGAAGAACUCGGCGGGUAUUUGCACACCUACCGCGCUGCCCGCCCGCUGCGCCUGCUCUACAUCGACGGCGAGUCUGCUGCCAAGUCCAACAAGGGCACACUGGACUCGCAAGAUUACAUACUGGUGAAUUCCACUGACACUUCGGGUCGUAUGGGCGGCGAGUUCGCGCGCGCCGCGGGGCUCUGCGAGCUUGCGCAGACGGAGUGGGGCGGGCGCAUCGACGGCGUGCUCCGCAUGGAGGGCGGGUUCGAGAUUAUCUUAUGCUCAUUCCAGGACCGCCUCGACGUGGUACGAAUUAAUAGGCAGCAGUCCCGCUACGCGAUGCACGACGGACAGUUCUUCGACUACUACCGCGCGAUCACGGCGCGGUACCAUGGGAUCGGCGGGGGCAGGGUGCGCCUGGACUUCGACCGGUUCGUCACCGCGUUCGACGGCAAGUACGGCGUGGACCCGCUUUUCAGGAACAUCGAUGGGCGCGUGCUCCCGCGGCUGCAGAACGUGACCAAAGAGCAGGUCGCGAUGAUCAGGGCGGAUAUCCGCGCGCUUGUGCUCGGCGCGGGCAGUCCUGAGCGCUCGUAUGACUGGCAGGGCGUCGCGGACAUGAUCGUCGGUCGGUACGCGAGCAGGCUGAAGUACAUCGCCGCCCUGCCGACGCUGGAGCAUGUCCAGGAUGAAAUCGUAAACACCUUGCAGCCGUUCAUCGACUUUGCCCCGGGAAAGCGUAAUGCCUCCGCCGAGGCGCACCGUUGUGCGACGCAGUUCAUCCCCGUCUUAGCACCCUCGCCCGCCGAGUCUAUGGGCGCUGCUGCCGUAUCAUACGUCGCACACCACAUUUGUUCUACCCUGACAUCCGUCGGAGAGGUGGAGAGCUACGAUGUGGCUAUUCAGAAGCUGAACGAUCUGAUUGACUGGCUCGACUGGACCACGUGGAAGGAGUGCGGUGCUUGCGAUCCCGACAAGCUUUGCAUGAUACCCAUAUGGCCGCAGGGAUCGCUGGAGGACUUUACUAAUCCACAGUGUCUGAAUGCGACGCAGAUGCAGGGCAGGAGGGGCUACUGGGGCAGGCGGUGGUAGGAGGGAAGCUCGAUCGAGAGAGUAUGGUACCGUGAUCAUAAAUAGACGGCCACUCUUGUAUUGUUGGCGCUUGCAUAUUGUAGAGGAUUACAUCGCUGUCUCUGAAUAUCACCCUGUAUCUCGAUGGAACAAA